AUGCCAGUUUCCUCUUCACCGCAGUAUCUCGCGCAAUAUUCUGGAUUAAAUUUUCGUGGCCGCGUGUUCCCCACGUUGCCUUCCGAACAUGAGUCCAAAGAAGCGCGAUCUGCAUUGCGAAAUGAACGUGGGCAAGACAGGCUUGUCUUCGCGGAGGCUAAAGUAUCGACAAGACACGCGGGUUCAAUGAGGCGGAGAUGCGAUCCCGAUGGGUUCGUGGUGCCCGAAGAAUGUAGGUGCAAGAUCCUGGAGGCGCCUCACUAG